AUGGUGUUGUUCGGCGCCUUGAUGCUCUUGGGGCUGGCAAGCCGAGCUGCGGGACAUCCUGCUCACGGACCACGGCAACUCAGCAAGAGAACGCAGCUACUCAACAGCUAUCGAUUCAAUACGGUGUCUUCUUACACCCCAGGGAAUGAUGCGACCUUCCCCGAGCCGAAAACUGCCACAGAAAGAAGAGACAAACGCGCUGAUUGCGUUGGAAUUGCAACGCUCAAACUGCGAGAAACUGUAACCCAAGCCGAAUUUCGGCUGGUGGACGACUCUUACGUUGGAAGCAAUGGCGUGGCGCAUGUGCAUUUUCAACAAACCGUUGAUGGCAUUGACGUGGACAAUGCACAAUUUAAUGUGAAUAUCUUUGGAGAUGGAACCGUUCUAUCCUUCGGCAGCUCUUUCUUUGACCACACUCCAGAGAUACCGAGCAUUUCCAAGAGAACCGGCCCCUCCACCACUCCCCUUGGAGCUUUUCAGACAGCAGUUCAGCUUCUUGAUCUUCCGAUCACAGGUGUCGCCGCAUCUACAGCGGAAUCUAUUGAUGACGAUGGCACAUAUGUCAUUAGAGGCGUUAGGGGCGCUGUGAUCGAUCCAUUAGUAAAGUUGGCAUAUGUUCAAGUCAACGGUUCCGUUGCGCUGGCAUGGAGAGUUGAGACCGACAUUGGGACCAACUGGCUCCACACGUACAUUGAUGCCACAACCGGUAAAGACAUCAGCGGUGUGGUUGACUACACAAAUACGGCUACGUAUGAGGUUUAUCCAUGGGGGUCCAUGAACCCAGAUGAAUCAGCGAGACAAUCCGUUGCCAACCCAGAAGACACGGCUAAUUCGCCCUUUGGCUGGCAUUCCGACGGUACUCAAGAAUACACAACACUCCACGGCAACAAUGCUUUUGUUACCAUUUCAUCAGGCAACAAUCCCAGCUCUCCUGACCUGCUAUUUUCGUAUCCCUACUCACCAGCCACGACGGAUCCAGCAUCAUACGUGGAGGCGUCGGCUACUCAGGGAUUCUACAUCGUGAACAAAUUCCAUGAUAUCCUCUACAAGCUGGGCUUUGACGAAGAUGCUGGAAAUUUUCAAACUAACAACAAUGGCAAAGGUGGUGCUAGCGGCGACCCGCUUGAGCUCAUUGUGCAGGCAUCGGGAGGCUCAGCGCAGAUUUAUGUGCCGGCGGAUGGAAGGAGCCCUCGCUUGUCAAUGGGUGUAUGGUCUGGUACUCCUAGACGCGACAGCAUGUUCGAUGCGACAGUUCUUUUGCACGAGUACAUGCACGGAGUUACAGGGCGUCUUGUGGGUGGUCCCGCCACCUCGGGCUGUCUUUCCGACAUGAACGGACUUUCAAUCAAUGAGGGAUACUCUGACUUCGUACCUACCCUCUUGCGCGUCAUAGAGGGUGACACUAGGAGCACGGAUUACACAAUCGCAGAUUGGGCAACUGGUCAGCCGAUUGGGCUGAGAUCUCACUAUGUCUCGACCAGUCUAGAGACGACUCCGCUGACAUAUUCGUCCUUGAAUGAUCUGGUCAGCACGGGAGGCUUUGAUUUGGCUACUGUUUGGGCUUCAGUGCUGUACGACGUUUUCUGGAAUAUGGUGGACACCUAUGGAAUUGGAGACCUUUGA